UCUGUGAGCUCGCGACCUAUCCACUGGGAAAGAUUUCGCCUGAAAAUAGGAAGAAUAUAAACCAGGGGAGCAGCUAGCGGAGCUGGUUAUCAAAACAAAACCGAAAAAGUCGUUGAUGCUUCAAUGAUUCUGCAAGAGGCGCUUUGUCCGUUUACUAUGUGUCAACGGGGAGUGAAUUUCGCUGAACAUUUAUAUUCUGGACCGUUUUAACCCAAGCUAAACAGCUAGGCGAGAGGAUUUCUAGCUCGCUAGCUAAUUUACUGCUAUAGCCAGCGAAGAAGCAGUGGUGGUAGACUUUGCAAAGAGCAACUGCUAGCUACGAUUCUAGCUAGCCAGCUACCUCCACUUUGCGAUUUUCCGUUAAAUGGGUGCAUGUUAUAAUGUGCAGUUGCUGUUUUUGCAAUUUGCACAAUAACGUCAAUGAUUACAAAAACCAAGCUAGUUUGUUUGUUAAUCGCAUAGCUAACGUUACUCGUUCGGCUUUGUGAAUUAAGGGCAGGCCAUGGACUGAAUAACGUACAAGAAUGGUGUCUCACUAUCUUGAUGACUAACAGUCAUAUAUUGGAUCAUAUAAAUUGGGUACAACUAAACAAUAGAAACCUUGAAUUUGGUUUGUGUGUGUAAAACUCAAGACCACUAACGUUAGUUAGCCUAUAUAGUUAUUUGGAUCAUCAUGCGUUGGAUUGCUGGGCCCUUGUUCCAAAUUGGAUGAAAGAAACGCAGAGAACGGAUUAUCCAGUCGUCAAUUUUGAACUAAUUUGCAUUUACGGUGAACGGAGGCGAUAUACAAUGUCUACAGCGAAAGAGAACCCUUGCAGAAAAUUCCAGGCGAACAUUUUUAAUAAAAGUAAAUGUCAGAACUGCUUCAAACCUCGGGAGUUGCAUCUCUUGACCGAUCAAGAUCUGAAUCAGGCCAAACCUAUUUACGGCGGAUGGCUGUGCUUGGCCCCCGAGGGAACAGACUUUGACAACCCCAUGCAGAGAUCCCGGAAAUGGCAGCGGCGGUUCUUUGUGCUGUACGAACAUGGCUGCCUGCGUUUCGCCCUGGAUGAAUCGCCGAGCACGCUGCCCCAGGGCACGGUAAAUAUGAACCUGUGUGCUGACGUCAUUGACGCAGAGCCCAAGACGGGCCAGAAGAACGCUCUCUGUAUCAUCACUCCUGAACAGGAGUACUUUAUACGAGGGGAGAACAAAGAGAUCAUCAAUGGGUGGACUGAACAGCUGGUGGUGUAUCCCAGGACCAACAAGCAGAACCAGAAGAAGAAACGCAAGGUGGAGCCCACCACUUCUCAGGAGCCAGGACCAGCAAAGGUGGCGGUGACGGGCUCAGGUAUCCCCGAGGCGGGCUCAGAGAAGGUUCAAGACUCCAGCUCCAUCAUCUGGCAGGAGGAGCUGAGCCAGAGAGAGGCUGAGGGGGCGGCCGUAUGGCCUUCUGCUGACCUGCCCUUGCUGGGCUCACCACCACCCUCUACAGGUGAUUGUGGUUCCGUGGGUCAGGGCUCAGACGCCGGCUCAGUCAACGGUGACGAGGUGGACCGUAGCGGCCUCCCUCUCCACGGCUCAGUCCCGCUCCCCCACCACGACCUCCUGUCUCCCACGGGCUCCUGCUCCAGCCUGGGCGGGGUGCCCCGCUGCCUCUCCCCGGUCCCCAGCGACCCUUUCCCCUCCGGCAGCUCCCUGCUGUCCAACGGCUCCCACAUCAGUGGCUCUGUUAGCUCGCUGGACUCUGACGCCAGCGGCAGCACGGUAACCAGCACAGAGAGCCACCCGGUGGGGCGGUUAGGGCUAGGCCACAGCGGGCACAAUGAUACGCCACGGUCCAGGAGGCUGGAGGCCGAGGCCAGGAAGGCAGAGAAGAGGAGUCGAGUGAGGAGUCCUGGUGAGGAGAAAGAGGCCAUGUUCAGUCCCGAAAGGAGUCGAUCUGGGGUGAUAGAGAAGCUGGAGGCAUUGGAGCUGGAGAAUGCAGAGAGGAUGGAGGUGGAGGAGGCUGGGAGGACUGGAGCCAGACAGGGCCGCAGCGAACACAGACGCUUCCACAGAGAGGAGCAGAGACAUGACCUGGGCCAGAGCCUGGACUUCCCCUCCACUCUGCCCCCUCUGAGACGAGCCAAGUCCCUGGACCGCAGGACCACCGAGUCUGUCAUGACCCCCGACUUGCUGAACUUCAAGAAAGGUUGGAUGGUGAAGCUGGAUGAGCAAGGACAUUGGAAGAAGUAUUGGUUCGUACUGACAGACCACAGCCUCGGAUACUACAAGGACUCCAUUGCUGAAGAGGCUUCAGAUCUGGAUGGGGAAAUAGACCUGUCUACGUGUUAUAAUGUCACUGAAUACCAGGCUCAACGCAACUACGGCUUCCAGAUACAUACCCAGGAGGGCAUGCACACCCUGUCGGCCAUGACUGCAGGCAUAAGGAGGAACUGGAUCCAGGCUGUCAUGAAAAACGUGAGACCCUCCACUGCUCCGGAUGUGGCAAGCAACCAUGGCUCCUUCUCCCCACUGGAGGGACUACUUCGGCCGGACGUGACCCAGGACUCACUUUCCUCCGAAGCCUCGUCCAUGGAGCGAGAGCCAGGGCCAGGCCCAGGCCCAGGCCCAGGCCCCAAGAAAAGUCGGGCCCGCGAGCGCCGGCGAGAGGGCCGUUCCAAGACCUUCGACUGGGCCGAGUUCCGACCCAUCGCCCAGGCUCUGGCCCAGCAGCGGGCCCAGGAGUCCGAGCCCCUGCAGACUGACCUAGUCGACCCCGAUCGGAGCCAGAGGCGGGAAGAACGAAGGAGGAGAAUUGAGUCUGUGACUAGUUCCUCCGUGGACCAACCAGCAGGCCCUGAGGUUGGGAGAAUGGACUAUGAGAGUGGGGGAGGGAGUGAAGGCAGCCCUGGGGGUGAGUGUGGGGGUCCCCCCUCCCUGGAGAGGCAGCAGAAGGUGGAGGAGGAGAUCGAGCAGCACUGGCAGCAGGUGGAGCAGACUCCCAUCAGGGAUGAGAGGAGGGUACCUCUGCCCUCGACACUGCAGACCAGGGAGACGGCCGAGCUGGAGAAACUGCUGGAGAGCUACAAGAAAGGGGUAGAAGAGCUAAAGGUGCAGUUGGAGAGCUGUCACCAGCAACUGGUGGACUCCAACCAGCACAAACACAAUCUGGAGGUCCAGCUGAAGACGGCUCUGGAGAGAGAGCAGCACGUCCGCACCGGAUACAUCUCCCCGGCCACCUGUGAGAGGGGCUUUACUGCCAUGGAGGAUUCCCACCAGAAGGUGAUCGACGAGCUGCAGAGGAAACACCAGAGAGAGCUGGAAAACCUACACGAGGAAAAGGAGAGGCUGCUAGCCGAGGAGACUGCCGCUACCAUAGCCGCGAUCGAGGCGAUGAAGAACGCACACCGGUCGGAGCUGGAGAAGGAGCUGGACAAGGCCCGCAAGUCCAACUGCAACACGGAGAACGCAGACAUAGAGGAGAUAUGCAGGCAGCACGAAGAGGAACUGUGUUCAUUCCAAAGGGAGAUCGAGGUGCUGUCGGAACAGUAUUCUCAGAAGUGCCUGGAGAACGCCCACCUGGCCCAAGCCUUGGAGGCUGAGAGACAGGCCCUCAGACAGUGUCAGAGGGAGAACCAGGAGCUCAACGCACACAACCAGGAGCUGAACAACCGUCUAGCUGCAGAGAUCACUAAGAUGCGCUCUAUGGCGACUGAAGACGGGGGUGGAGACACCUGCAACGUCACACAUGGGAAGGAACUGUAUGAGCUAGAGGUGAUGUUGAGGGUGAAGGAGUCGGAGGUCCAGUAUCUGAAACAGGAGAUCAACUCUCUGAAGGAUGAACUCCAGGUCGCCCAAAGAGAUAAGAAGUAUGCAACGGACAAGUACAAGGACAUCUACACAGAGCUGAGCAUCGUGAAGGCCAAAGCAGAGAGAGACCUGGGGAGGCUCAGAGAACAGCUGCAGCUGGCCCACGAGGCACUGGGGGAACCCUCACUGGAGGAGGUGGAGAGGGCAGGAGGAUACGAUAUCAUGAAGUCCAAAAGCAACCCUGACAUUCUCAAGAUGGCGGCUGCUGCCGCAAAACGCUCAGAGCGCACCAUGAGGUCAAAGUCUGUGGCUCGUGACAUGCCCUGGGACAGCUAGGGCUGCCUGAGGACCUAUAGGCCUACCCUUCUCCUUUAGAGUCUUAAGGAAGGGCUGACUGCCGAGCAGCGACUCCAUCUGUUUGAUAAAGACACUAAGGAGUUCUGACAUCGUCGCCUGCGUCGAACCGCUCCACCCACAUUGCUGCAUGUUUAGAAAGCCCACUAUAUUUUAGCUAGGGAGUUACUUAUUUAGAAACACACUGAUCACCACACACAUCGUAUAUUAAAAAAACAUGGUAUGAAGAUUGAAUUUUAUGUCUAGACUCAACAUUCCAUGCACUUCAGUUACUGUGACAUUGUUUGUUUUUUGUUUUCAGCGCCAUGUCUUACUGUAAAUACUCUGUACUGUUUUUAAUGAAGCAUCUAUCAUGCAAACACUAAAAAAAGAUGGCUGUGUAAGCUACUGUUUUAACUCCUUAGUCUGUGUAAAUAGCCGAAGGAAUAAGUGUAAUGUUGUAAUGGCUAAACACAACUACAUAAUGAGAGAAUAAUUACUUACAUAUUGAUGGAAUAACUACUUACAUAAGCAAACCGUAGGAACAAUCUUGCCUUCAGGCCUGCGUAUUAUGCUAGGUGAGGUCAGUAUGCACAUGUUAAUUCUUCUUUCCACCCCCUUAUCAUUUCAGCAUAGAUUACUGUCUGGCUCAGUAAACAAGCUAUGGAAAGAAAAUGUUUGCCUGCAUCAUUGUACAAGUAAACUAUCUGCUACAUUGGAUGUUGCUCCUCCAUUGUCUGAGUUGUUGGCUUGUAUAUGAUUAAUAUUAACAUCAUAGAAUGUUUUCUGAAACAUAGGACCAUUUUUAAAUUACCCCUGGAAGGUGACUGCUGAAUAAAUACAUUAUGGAUGGGAUUUGCUGAUUAUACUAUAAAUAUAUACAUUUAUAUAAUUGUUUUCCUUCUCUGUAAUCUUAUUGGUCCAGCUGUAUGGGAGGAUGAGUUGUUGGAGUCGGUUUGUAUGUAGUCUUGUUCAGUGGCAAUCUCUUUGUAUUUAUUUAAGUGUUUUUGGAUUAUUGUCUCACAUGCCAUUCCCUCUGUACUCUACUAUUGUAAAUAUACAGCCAAUGUACACCAACUGACAACAGGUUUAUUAGCAAUAAAUAUUUUUGCACCCUGUC